AUGUCACUGCCAGGCCCUUCGCACUCGCUGCCGCCGUCCACCUCGGCCGCCUCGCCCUUCCUCCUCGUCGAGCCGGCCCAGGAAGACUUUAGCUGGUCGGCCGACUCGUCGCCGUGCAAGCCAGUCGUCGACGACGACGACGCCGAGCGCCAAUCCUCGACCAAGGUCGACACCGCCAGCGCAGCCACGCUCGGCGACGACCAUCUGCCCCCUCGCCCAGAGGUGCAGGAUGAAAUCCUAGGCGCUCGCCCAAUCGGCCGUCGCUCGACCUCAUCCCUCUCCUCUGCUGCGUCCGGCUCGCGAGCGGGCGAGAAGCACGCCCAGGUCGGCGUCGACCUCCCCACGAUCGACCAGCAGGACGCCGCACCGGACCGCCACCAGGCCAUCUACCUGCCGGACGAGGAUGUCCAGCUGCAGCUCUCCUUCUACCGCCGCAGCAUCCUCCGCCUCGUCGUCUGGUACGCCCUCUGCUUCCUCACCGCCGGCAUCUGGUACAUCGCCGACAGCUGGGCCAACAACAAGUGGUGGAUCCGCUGGAACUGUACGCCCAUCAGCCUCCGCCACCUCGACUCUCGCCGCCAUGUCCUCGUCCGCAUCAAGUCCAAGCACGGAGACGUCGACAUCCUCCCGCUCAGGCGCAUCGGCUUCGCCCACCCCGUCGAUGCCGGCGAGGUCUUUCCCUCGAGCCUUCCGGUGCCCUUUGAGAGCGCCAGCGAUGCGGCCACCCGCGAGUUCACCCUGGCCGCCCAGGACCACGGGCUCACUCCGGACGCCAGCUCCGCAGCGACCCUGACCCACGUCGACGUCCUCGAGUACCGCGCCUCGACCUUUCUCCUGCACCCGAGCACCGGCAACUUCCGCCAGCUCUCGUCCUGGCGCGACCCCUGCUGGACGACUACGGAAACGGCAAUGCGGGGUCUGCAGUCCGAUGUCCUCGCCAGCCGCAAGACGCUCUUCGGGCUCAACCAGAUCUUUGUCCCGGGCAAGAGCGUCUGGGCCGUCAUGUUUGAGGAGGUGCUGCACCCGCUCUACGUCUUCCAGGUCUACAGCAUCAUCCUCUGGGCCAACGACGAAUACGUCCCCUACGCCAUCGUCAUCGGCGUCAUCUCCAUCAUCGGCAUCGGCGCCACCACCAUCACCACCAAGCACGCCAUCAACCGGCUGCAGAGGAUGAGCCGCUUCAGCUGCAACGUCGAGGUCUACCGGGCCUCGCACGGCGAAAAGGCGGGCGGCGCCUGGUCCAGGAUGAACAGCGAGGAGCUCGUGCCCGGCGAUGUCGUCGACAUCUGCGCCACCAACGGCGGCGACGACGACAGCGCCCUGCUGAGCGUGCUGCCAUGCGAUCUGGUGCUGCUCGAGGGCGACUGCAUCGUCAACGAGUCGAUGCUGACGGGCGAGUCGGUGCCCGUGGUCAAGGCACCCAUCCCCAACAGCAAGAUGGAAACCAUCCUCGCCGCCGGCGGCGACCUGGGCAAGAUCGACAAGCACCUCAUCUACUCGGGCACCAGGAUCGUGCGGGCCCGCCCUCCGUCCAGGGAGGACAGGGCGCAGGCCACCGCAGGCGACGGCAGCGCCGAGGUGCGACGGGCUCGUGCGCUCGUCGUCCGCACCGCCUUUUCGACCGCCAAGGGCUCGCUGGUGCGCCAGAUGCUCUUCCCGCGCCCCAUCAGCUUCAAAUUCUACCGCGACGGGUUCAUCUUCAUCGGCUUCCUCUUCGCCAUGGCCCUGAUCGGCAUGGUCUCGACGUGCAUCUACUUCAGCAUCAUCGGCGUCGAGUCCGAGGAGAUCGCCCUGCGAGCCCUCGACGUCCUUACCAUCGCGUGCCCGCCCGCGCUCCCGGCGACGCUGAGCAUCUGCAUCACGUUUGCCAUCUCGCGACUGCGUCGCGGACAGAUCUUCUGCCUCAGCCCGCAGAGGAUCAACGUGGCGGGCAAGGUCAACAUGCUCGUCUUUGACAAGACCGGCACGCUGACCGAGGAGGGCCUCGACGUGCUCGGCGUGCGCACCGUCGCUGCGGGCGGCCACUUCAGCGAGCUCACGCAAACGGCGCAGGAUCUGCCCGGCGAAACGUCGCUCAGCUUGGACGAAGCCAUGGCCACCGCGCACGACCUCAAUCUGCUGGACGGCAAGGCGCUCGGCGAACCGCUCGAGGUCAAGAUGCUCGAGUGGACCGGCCGACAGCUCGAAGACGACGCCGACCGUGCGCCCGUGCAGCUCAAGCGCGAGGGCGCCAGCGACAGCGCACCUGGCGAGCCCUCGCAGAGGCCGCGCAACGCCGACGGCCAGCUCGCGCGCGUCCCCGUCAUUCUACCGCUCGCCGGCUCGUCGCACAAGAGGCUCGCCGUGAUCCGCACCUUUGCCUUUAGCCCGGAGUUGCGCCGGAUGAGCGUCAUCGUCAAGCGCGAGGGCGAGGGCGAGGUCGGCGCGCAGAUCUACUGCAAGGGCGCACCGGAGGCCAUCUUUGGCCUGUGCGAGACCGACAGCCUCCCGACCGACUACGAUGCCGUGCUGGAUCACUACACGCGCGCCGGCUACCGCGUCCUGGCCGUCGCCGGCAGGGUCGUCGAGGGCAUGAGCUGGGCCGGCGCCCAGACCCUGCCCCGGUCGGCCGCCGAGUCGCGCAUGCGCUUCCUCGGUCUGAUCGUGUUCGAGAACAAGCUCAAGCCCGGCACGGCGCCGGCGAUUGCCACCCUGCGCGACGACGCCCGCCUGCCGAUCAAGGUCUGCACCGGCGACUCGGUGCUCACGGCCGUCUCGGUGGCCAAGGAGUGCGGCAUCCUCGAUACCGCCGCGCGCGUCUACGCCCCCCGCCUCUGCUGGACCAACACCGCGUCAGCCGGAAAGAAGGGCGACGCCGGCGCCGAAACGGUCAAGGCCAGCUUGGCGCACGUCGAGUGGGUCGACCUCGACGACGAGGACCGGAAGCUCGACAGCUACACCCUCGACCCGCUCGACGGCACCGCCAAGCUCGGGGACGUCGAGCUGGCCGUCUCUGGCGAGAUCCUGCGCACGCUGGUUGACGGCUGCGCCAAAGAGACGCUCGAGAGGAUGCUGGUGCAGGCCAAGGUGUUUGCGCGCUGCUCGCCCGAGCAGAAGCAGGACCUCGUCGAGCGGCUGCAGAACCUCGGCUACACGGUGGGCUUCACGGGCGACGGCGCCAACGACUGCGGCGCGCUCAAGGCCGCCGAUGUCGGCCUGAGCCUGAGCGAGGCCGAGGCGAGCGUGGCGGCGCCCUUCACCUCGCGCAAGGAGGACAUUUCGUGCGUGCAGCAGCUGCUGCGCGAGGGCCGCUCGACGCUGACGGUGUCGUUUGCCAUGUUCAAGUGGAUGGCGUGCUACUCGCUGUGCGAGUACAUGACCGUGCUCCUCCUCUACGGCCAGGCGACGUCGCUCGACAAUGCCGAGUACCUCUUCAUCGACGUCUUCAUGGUGCUCCCCAUCGCCAUCGGCAUGGCCAACAGCCUGCCGUCCAAGAAGCUGCACUGCAAGGCGCCCGCCGCGCGCCUGGCCAGCAUCCGGCCCAUCAUCAGCACCAUGGGCCAGGUCGUGCUCAUCUUUGUCGCCCAGACCGUCGUCUACGUCGUGCUGCACCGGCAGAGCUGGUACGUGCCGCCGGAGCUGGACCCCAACAACCUCCAGCUCAACGACAUGGACAACACGGCCCUCUUCCGCGCCUCGGUGUUUGGCUACGUCAUCGCCGGCAUCGCCUACUCGGCGGGCCCACCGCACCGCCAGCACCUCUACCUCAACUGGAUUCUCUUCCCCGCCCUCUUUAUCCUCGGCGUCUUUUGCUUCUACUUCCUCUUCCUCACCUCGGGCCCCUUUUUCACCCUCUUCGGCUUCGUCGACACUCCCUCGAGCUUCAGCUGGAUCAUCUUUGGCGUCGUCGUCGCCCAGUUUGUCGUCGCCAUGCUCUUCGAGGCCUACGGCGUCCAGCUCGUCGCCACCUACGUCGCCGAGCCGCUCAAGAGGCUCGUCACCCGGAGAAAGACGGGGCCACGCGAAAAGGAUUACCGCCGCAUCCUGCGCGCCAUCGAGCAUGGCCGGUGA